AUGGCUAACCCAAGCAAGAAGCGUGUAGUAUGUCCUGUCGUGGACUGCGAGGACAAGUUCGUCGCGGAUACGAACAAGAAGUCACAUUACACCAAUGUGCACUUCACCAAGAACCCAUCGAUUGCCCCGUACCGUCCGAGCAUGUUCGCGGAUAUGUGUGACGAAGACCACGACGACAUUCUCAUGUUGGACUCCCUUGUCAAGAAGCGUGGUGGAGGUGUCUGUCAGCUCUUUGUGGACCAUGCCCUGCGUUGUGUCACGGAACAAGAAGCGAUGGAAAGCCAAAAUGAGGAAGUGGCGCCGCCCGUUGCAACGAAGUCAUUGACGUGCAAACAAAAGGCAGCCAAGCGCAAAGUAGCGGCAGCGGCGAAGCGUAGCAGCAAGAAGUAG